UCCACAAGCUUCAUUCUUUCUAACAGAAACCAAACAGAUGUGCCUAAAGGGCAUAUAGCAGUUUAUGUAGGAGAAGUUCAGAGGAGAAGGUAUGUGGUGCCUUUAUCGUACCUCAACCACCCUUCAUUUCAAGCGUUGCUGCGACGAGCUGAGGACGAGUUCGGCUUCAAUCACCCCAUGGGAGGCCUCACGAUCCCCUGCAACGAGAACGCGUUCGUUGAAGUGACUUCAAAAAUGCAGCUGUGGCAUGCGUGA